UUUGAAGAAUGCUGUUCGGACUUUUUCUAUCCUUGUCUUUACUUCAACUGUCAUGUCCCAAUUGCCAAUAGGGGGACAGGAUGAGGUCUAUAGUUGUAGGAGAAAAAUCUGUGUGGGGGGGAAUUCUGUUCCAUCCCAUUUGCAACUGACAGGUUUUCUCUCCCUUCCUAUAUUGGGGUUCAUUUUGACUACUCAAGCAGUUCUUCAGUUCUUCAGUCUCCCAACACUUGAAUAGUGGUUAACAUGCUGGCCUAGAACCAGGAGACUGAGUUGUACUCUUGUCUUAGGCAUGACAACAGAUUGGGUGAUUUUGAGCCAGUAAGUUACUCUCUUCCUCUCAGGCCAGUCUACCUCACAGUGUUGUGGGGAAAAUAGGAGGAGGAAAGUAAUAGGUAUGUUUUCUGCCGAGUUAUUUAUAAAGAAAUAUAAAUAUUUAUAAAUAAAUAAAGGCUUUGCAAAGCCGGAUCAAGCACAUCAAUAUAUUCAAGCAAAUACUCCAUUGGCAAGAUACACACAAAGCAAUAUAUUCAUAGUCAAGCAUCAAGAAUAUACAAAAUUAUUAAUGUGAUUGGUUAGAAAUUAAUUAUAAAAAGACUGUGUUUUAAAAUAGACCCAGGUUGCUGUGCUGUACCCACUAAAUGUUGAAGCACAGCUUUAGCAAGCUCUGCCCAACUAUCUUGAAACAUAAUCAUAAACAGAAUAUUGAAAGUGUUCUGAUGUGUCUAUUUGCUUUUAGUUUUGCUAAAUAUUUACUUAAAGCACUUAUUACUAGAGGAGUGGCUUAAAUCCUUUCACAUUUCCUUUUUAACCAGGAAUCUGGAGUUCUGCCAAUCAGCCUCAACAAAACCUCUUAUAGAAUAGGGAGGACCCACCCUGACUUCUGAUACAUGAAUACUUUUUCCAGCCCUUCCUGAUUACUUCUGUUCAAUUAUUUCUUUUGGGGUUCUUGUUUGAGCCCAUAAUACAUGGCUUGCACUUUCCAUGGCAGAUUUUAACUUUUUAAACUAUUUUUCUCUCUCUUUUUUUUUUCCCAUGUGAAGUUCUGAUGUCUUCUGCAAUCGGGUUAAUUCAGAAGUUUUGUUAAUGUUGUUCUUGUUUGCAUAAACCUUGAGGACAAAAGAAUCUUUAUUUUUUUAGUGAAAGCAGUGAGAACAUAGCACUGUUUCCCCAGAGGGAUAUCUAGCAACAGCAGCAGAAAGAAACAGUGUUUAGCACAGACAGUCAUGUCCACAGAGGAAAUGAUAAGAAGACUUAAAGAAGAACUGUUCUGCUUCAUUUGCUCAGACAGUUUCCGUGACCCAGUCUCCAUACACUGUGGGCACACCUUCUGCCGAGCUUGCAUUACUGAAUAUUGGGUUUCCAUUAACAAAAAAUAUUUCCAGUGUUCUCAGUGUAGAGCAAUCAGCUGGAAAAGAAUCUUAAAGCCCAACCGAGAACUGGGAAACAUUGCCAGAAUUGUCUCAAAGCUGAACGACAAAGCCAAAGAAAAAGAAAAGACAAAAGAGAGGAUAUGCCAGAAGCACCAGGAACCAUUGAAACUUUUCUGUAAAAAUGAUCAAAUGGCAAUCUGCAUGGUGUGUGACAAAUCAAAAGAGCACAAGGACCAUACAGUGUUUCCUGUGGAGCAAGAAUUCCAGGACCAACUAAUAUCUUUGAAGAAAAAAAGAGAAAAACUUCUUAAACUUCAGGCAACGAAUGCAGCGAGGAACAAAAAAGCCCUGAAUACAAUCAGUGAUGAGAUGCAGAAAAUGUCAUUGGCCUUUCGGCGGAUUUAUCAAUUCCUUGAGGAACAGAAGCAACUGCUGCUGGACCAGUGGAAGUCACUCCAGACAGCAGUUAAGGAACAGGAAGUUCGUACUGCCACAAUUUCAGAGGAAAUUUCUUGCCUGGAUAGCCUUAUCACUACGGCAGAAGAAAGAGGGUCAACAGUAGAGCUUGAGUUUUUACAGGUGAUGCAGGCUGCAUCAAUGAGGCAAACUAAAUAUCAAGAGUUAGAUGGUCUUCUUCCUGAAGUGGAAAAAGGGAUUGCUUAUCAAACAAGACAAAAUGAGGUUGUCACACGUACUCUGGGGGAAUUCAAAGCUACUCUAUCUUCUGAACUACAGAGAGAUCCUUGUAAGUUUCCAGCAAAUUAUGGGAAAAAAACUAAGAGUGGUACAAAAAAGAGGAAAUUGAAAGACCGAACAGCCGAUGAUGCUUUUGAUUGUAGCCCAGAGAGUGGAAUGUGUCUCUCUUCAUCUCAGCAGCCUGAUAAAAGGGCACCAGCAGGAGACACUAAGAAGAAAAAAUCAUCUCAGUUCGAGAGGAUCCUAUCCGCCAAUCAGACGCGAGAGAGUUGGAAAACAACUCCUCCCAUCGCCCAGGUUGCCCCACGGCCCGAGGUGGAGGUGGACGCCUCUGCCCAGCUGUUGCUCGUCCAGACCAUGGGGGAUCUGGGGAGACCCGCCUCUCCUGUUCAGAACGUCCCUGAAAAACGGAUCUCCGAGUCGAGGACGUCGGAAGGGCUGCAUCUGCAAGCCAUCGAAGGGUGGACGGGAGAGGCCCUCUGUGAAAAACACCGCGAGCCCCUCAAGGUUUUCUGCUGGGAGGACUGUGCCUUCAUCUGCUUGGUAUGCGACAAAUCCAAGAAGCACCGGGGUCACUUGGUACUUCCGGUCGAGGAGGCAGCUGAAGAUUACAGGGAAGAGAUCCAGAUCAAGCUACAGAAUCUGAAGCUGAGGAGAAUGGCUGUUGAAAGAUCAAGGCAGGCUCCGGAGAAACAAAUGGCUGAGUGUUUGGAAGACAUCAAAUCAGAGAGAAAAAAGGUGGUGCAGGCAUUCCAGCAACUCCGCUUGUUUCUAGAAGAGCAGGAAAAUGGCCUUUUGGCUCAACUGAGUGACCUGGAAGAGCAACAGGAUGAAAGUAGCUCCAGCUUUUCAAACAACAUUUCUUUUCUCAGUGACCUGAUCUGUGACGUAGAGAAGCACUGUGAGAGGCCUGUGGGUGAAUUUUUGCAGGAUGUCAAGGAAACUUUAAGCAGGUGUGAAAAGGGCGAGCUCCUUUGCUUCCAAGAGAAACCUGUUAACCUGGAAAAAGAUCUCAGGGCCAUCUCUCAGCAAAGUGCUCUGUUAAUGGAAAACUUCAAGAAAUUUAGAGAAUCACUGAUGGACAAAUUUCAGAAAAGCAAGACCCAAAGGCUUAAUGCUGACCUCCUGAGUCAGACUGAUCAGCCCCAGACCUUCUGGCCAGGAUUGCAUAACGAUGCCCCGAGAGCAGACAAGAAAGUCUCCGCCAGUCUCAGUAUGACACUGGAUCCACGUACAGCCAAUCCCCACCUCUUCCUCUCCUUGGAUCAGAAGACCGUCACCGACCUGGAUCACGCACAGCCCCUGCUGGACAAUCCUGAGAGAUUUGAUGCCGAGCUCUUUGUGCUGGGCUGCGAGGCCUUCUGCUCUGGGAAACACUCCUGGGUGGUGAACGUCGAGCAGGGGCAGAACUGGGCCAUUGGCAUUGCCCAGGAGUCUGUGAGGAGGAAGGGGAGCCUCAGCCUCAGCCCACAGCAAGGCAUUUGGGCCGUACAGCAGUGCUGGGGCCAGUUGCAAGCCCUGACCUCUUGCUGGACUACCCUGUUUCUGCUCAGGAAGCCCAGGAGGAUCAGAGUAGAUCUGGAUUAUGAGGGAGGGUGGGUGGCCUUUUUCGAUGCCGAGCUGGAUGCUCCCAUUUUUACUUUUCCACCUACCUCCUUCAAGCAAGAGAGGAUUCACCCUUGGUUCUGGGUGGCUUCUGGAUCUCAGCUGACCUUAUGCCCCUGAGAUUAUUCCAGGCGCUUUGGAUUUCAGCCAUUUGAGAAGUCUUGUAUAAUAUGGGACGUAAAGCGGCAACGUGACAAUUGCUUGGAACUAUUUUGGUUAAUCGUGUCAGCAGAGAAAUGACUACUUUCUGUUUUGAAUUCGUAGUGAAGUACUAAACGUUACUGAAAGCACCAGUCAGGGAUAUACCAUGUUUUAAUGGAAGGAGUUGCAAUUGUACAAACUGGCUUUUGACUAGCAGAAAGCUCUGAUGGAAGAAAAAAAUAAAAGCUAUUUGGAAAUGCUUA